AUUGAGCAUACGACGAACGCCAUGAGGCUCUUAACUGUACUCACUUGAAUCUAGGUGCAGCUCACUAUAAUAGAAAUCUCAUAGGAGUUGCUGCUCCGAUGAUGAGAGCAAGCUCUCGAGCAAUAACAAUGGUACAUUGGUCAGCCUCUGGAGUUUGAGCUCGAUUCCACCACGUUUGCAAGACAUUUAAGCUUAAAAUCAUUGACAGAGACGUCUGGGGUGAGUAUGCCGAUUGUUCAGACUGCAUCCAGCCCGGUUGACUCUUGUGGAUACUGUGACUCGGAUCCGCCGGCCCAAGUUGCCCCACGCCCACCAGCAGUUCGAACCGAUACUUGAUCGAACAUCCUGCCUGCCUGUGCUUUGGAGCAUGCAUGCACGCAACGGGCUAAUAUCGUCAUAAAUCUAGAAGGGUGCCAUUGAAUCUACCACCGCCAUAUCUCGAAACGCCAUUUUAUCUUCGCACAGUCUGCGAAAUCACAAGCAAGACGAUGGAUUCGGACAAGGCCACCAUGCAACGGAAAGUCAGGGACACGUUGGCCAAGUAUCAAGGGGAUGACUAUGUUGACGGCUGGGCUGAACUCUGGGAUAAGAACGAAAAUUUGCCUUGGGACAAGGGUAUUCCUAAUCCCGCAUUGGAAGAUACCCUCAUUCAGCAGCGCGCGACCGUCGGAGGUCCAAUUGCCACGGAUGCACAGGGAGCAACCUACAGAAAGAAAGCACUGGUUCCCGGCUGUGGCAGAGGAGUGGAUGUGCUUCUUCUUGCCAGCUUUGGCUACGAUGCCUAUGGACUGGAGUAUAGCGAUGCUGCAGUCAAGAUCUGUGAGAGCGAGGCGGCUCAGAAUGGAGACAAGUAUCCGGUCCGAGAUGCUGGAAUAGGUCGAGGGAAGAUAGCUUUCGUGCAAGGUGACUUUUUCAAGAACGACUGGUUGGAGAGUCUACAACUACCGCUUGAAUGCUUUGACUUGAUAUACGAUUAUACGUUCUUCUGCGCACUGAAUCCAACGAUGCGACCAAGUUGGGCUUUGCGACACACCCAGCUUCUGGCGCCUUCGCCGCGCGGCAAUCUAAUUUGCUUAGAGUUUCCAAGGCACAAGGACCCGACGCAGCAAGGACCCCCUUGGGGAGUCUCAUCGGAGGCCUACAUGGAGCAUUUGAGUCACCCGGGUGAACAAAUCCCGUAUGACGAUCAGGGCCGAUGCAAGAUGGAUCCUCUUCGCGAGCCAAGCGAGCAUGGUCUCGAGCGCGUGGCGUACUUCCAGCCUGCUCGGACACAUGAAGGUGGUAAGGACAGCAACGGGGUGGUUCAAGAUCGAGUCUCCAUAUGGCGCCAUCGGUAGUGCGCUUGUGGCUGGAACUGGAGGCGGAUACACAUCAUCAUGAAUCAGUCAAUCCCCUGAUGGAUCCACCGGUCUGAUUCGCUCAAAUUGACUCUCGCUUCUGCUGCUUCUCUCUCUCUCUCUCUCUCUCUCUCUCUCUCUAGGACUGCUUUGAUAGUGCAUUGUAGUGCUCCCCAAGCCCAUAUGUAUGUCUGUAGUAUGCCAGCCAGAUGACCCGUUUACUCCUCGCUUCGUCAUUAAGUCCGUCAACAUCACCCGGCUCUAUCUUCU